AAGUGUUUGUUUAAGUUUUCGUUUUUAGUAUUUCACUUUCUUUUACGAGUUUACAAAAGUGUUUUUGUGUCCAUGGUGCCGAUUGAUAACAUUCUGCAAAAUCACGUCUUCCUCAUCCAAGUCAAGAGAUAUUUAAAAGCAACGCAUUACGAUGAAAGAUUUGAAAACGGAGAUCCCAUCGAGUGUCGUCAGUCCACCGAAACUGGAGACCAGCAGGUGUGGCAGCAGUGGCGAGGCGCUGCUAAAGCCAUCCUUGCUGCCCAUGGCAUUGGAAUCGUCUGAGUUAGUCCCGGAUCAGAAGGCUCGCGACAACUGGGGCAGCUCGCUGGAGUUUCUAAUGUCCUGCAUCGCUCUGAGCGUGGGAUUAGGCAACGUGUGGCGGUUCCCAUUCACAGCACUGGAAAACGGAGGAGGUGCCUUCCUAAUUCCCUACCUUAUCGUUCUGUUUUUGGUGGGAAAACCAAUUUACUACAUGGAGAUGCUGCUGGGUCAGUUCUCUAGUCGUGGAAUUGUUCAGGUCUUUGACUUUGCGCCCCUCAUGAGAGGAGUUGGGUAUUCACAACUUUUGGCUCUUGGCGUUUUGGCUACCUACUAUGCCUCUGUUAUGGCCCUAACCCUCCGAUACUUUUUCGAUUCCUUCGCAUCGGAGUUGCCCUGGAGCUUCUGUCGUCCGGAGUGGGGUGACGGUUGCGUAAGUGCAUCUGUAGGUGAGCCUCUUCAGGGUCAGCUUUCGCAGAACUUCAGCUCCUCCACUCAACUCUACCUGCAACGCAUCGUGCUGAAUGAAACGGAAUCGCUUGAUCAGGGUAUAGGUUAUCCCAGUGGUAGUUUGACCUUGAUGCUGGGAAUUUCCUGGCUUACAGUAACGUUAAUCAUCAUCCGGGGUGUGAAGAGUUCGGGAAAAGCAGCUUAUGUCCUUGCCCUUUUUCCUUACGUUGUAAUGUUUAUCCUGCUCGUGAGAGCUCUCACCUUACCAGGAGCGUACGAGGGUGUAAUGUACUUCUUGACUCCCCAGUGGGGUAAGCUCUUGGAGCCGGAGGUUUGGUACAAUGCCGUGACCCAGGUGUUCUUCUCCCUGGCCGUUUGUUUCGGUGUGAUCGUCAUGUACUCCUCCUACAAUCGAUUCGGGCAUAAUGUUUACAGAGAUGCUAAUAUCGUUACCACUUUGGAUACGUUCACAUCGUUGCUCUCGGGUGUGAUUAUCUUCGGAAUCCUGGGCAACCUGGCCCACGAAUCGGGCACCAAGGAUAUUGCCAGUGUGGUUAAGGGAGGUCCCGGUUUGGCCUUCAUUUCCUAUCCCGAUGCCAUUGCCAAGUUCAAGAUGUUACCGCAGGUCUUUUCGCUGCUUUUCUUUGCCAUGCUUUUCAUGUUGGGAGUUGGCAGUAAUGUGGGCAUGGUCAGCUGCAUUAUGACCGUGUUAAAGGAUCAGUUUGUGAAUGUGAAGUUGUGGAUCAUCGUGGUCAGCCUUUCGGUAAUUGGAUUUCUUGUUGGCCUGAUUUACAUCACUCCUGGAGGGCAACAUAUCAUCACGCUGAUGGACUUUCAUGGGGUUACCUUUGUCUCCUUGGUAUCGGCUAUCUUUGAGCUGAUUGCCGUGGGUUGGAUCUAUGGCACCAAACGCCUCUGCCAGGAUGCUGAAUACAUGCUGAACAUAAAGACUUCGAACUACUACAGGAUCUGCUGGUCCAUUGUUACUCCUCUGGUUAUGGUGGUCAUUCUGGUCUACAGUGUGCUCACCAUGCGUCCUCUAAGCUACAAUGGGCAGGAGUUUCCAUUAUCCUAUAGAGUUUUUGGUUGGUGCGUUUCUGGCUUUAUCAUCGGCCAGCUGUUCUACUGGGCUUUUUAUGCCAACUGCAGGCAGCCAAAAGGAUCGUUAAAGAACCGCAUCAGCAAUUCCAUUAAGCCGCAUUCCGAUUGGGGUCCUUCAGAUCCCAAAAUGCUGAUGGACUAUCAAAUGUUCCUGCGCCAAAAGGCUGAGGACAAUUCCAGGGGUGUAAGUCGUCGCUGUGUUUGCUACACAGCUGGAGAUCGAAUUUUCGGUUAAGCCAGAAAGUUUUUAUUUUAAAUAUUUAUUCCCAAUUGGAAUUUUGUAUGGCAGCUCGUUAUUUUGUACUUAAUAUAUUUUAUAUACAUUUCUA